UUCCAAAGUUGGCCAUUGGAUACAACAUGCUGAUUAUGUCAUAUGGUGCUUACGUCACUGAUUGGUGGUGUGUCGAUGACGUCAUGUCUAAUAAUAGCAGAAAUAAUGUGACGUAUAAAUAUUGUAGCAAUGAUGACAACUCCACUUGUUCUAGAGUUUAUGAUGAAUACACAAGAACAGUUGUAACAGAGUGGGAUUUGAUGUGUGAAAGAAAAUGGAUAACUCCUAUUAUAACAUCCAUACAAAUGGCUGGUGUGUUGGUUGGUGCUGUGAUAGCUGGUCAAUCAGCCGAUACGUUUGGUCGUAAAAAGACAUUCUAUUUGACUCUACUACUACAUUCCAUUCUGACUGUUGCUAUAGCAUUUGUUACGUCAUGGCAGGCCUUUACAGCCAUGCGAUGUCUGAUUGGAGCAACUAUUGGGUCAUAUCUGGUUGUCAGCAUGUUUCCAGUAGAAUUUCUGGGAUACAAAUGGAGACCUUCGUUGACGGUUAUUCCGUUCUGGGCGACAGGAGUUUGCUUCCUGGCUCUUGCCUCUUGGUUGAUGCACGAUUGGACGUACGUUCAUAUCGCUGUCGGAGUCAGUACGGUACCAUUCUUAUUGGGUUGGUUUAUUGUUCCCGAGAGUAUCCGGUGGUUGGCUGUUAAGGGAAAGAUUGAUGAAGCUGAGAGUGUCAUAGAACGAGUGGCGACGAUGAACGAUUAA